ACCGCUGCCGUCGCCGUCGCUGCGGCUGCGGCUCACCGCUUCCUCAGAUCCCUUCAUGCGUCCCUGAGCUAGGAGAGCAAGCAUGCGGACCCGGCUUUCCCCAGCGCUGGCCGCCCUGGGCGCGGCCCUGCUCCUGGCUUCCAUUGAGGCAGAAGUUGACCCACCUUCAGACUUGAAUUUUAAAAUUAUAGAUGAAAAUACUGUGCAUAUGUCAUGGACAAGACCAGUUGAUCCUAUUGUGGGUUACAGAAUAACAGUGGACCCUACAACAGAUGGGCCCACUAAAGAAUUCACCCUUGCAGCUAGUACCACUGAAACCUUAUUAUCAGAUCUUAUACCUGAAAUAGAGUAUGUGGUGACGAUAACUUCAUAUGAUGAAGUGGAAGAAAGUGUGCCAGUUAUAGGACAACUAACAAUUCAAACAGGUGAUCCAUCAAAGGCAGGGGAGAAGAAACCUGGCAAAACAGAGAUACAAAAAUGCUCUGUCAGUGCUUGGACUGAUUUAGUUUUCCUUGUGGAUGGCUCAUGGAGUGUGGGAAGAAAUAAUUUCAAGUAUAUCUUAGACUUUAUUGCUGCUCUUGUGUCUGCUUUUGACAUUGGAGAGGAGAAGACAAGAGUUGGAGUUGUUCAGUACAGCUCUGAUACCAGGACUGAAUUUAAUUUAAACCAGUACUACCAAAGAGAUGAGCUUCUUGCUGCAAUUAAAAAAAUUCCAUACAAAGGUGGCAACACAAUGACAGGGGAUGCUAUUGAUUACUUAGUGAAAAACACUUUCACGGAAUCUGCUGGAGCAAGAGUUGGCUUUCCUAAAGUAGCAAUUAUAAUCACGGAUGGCAAAUCCCAGGAUGAAGUGGAAAUUCCAGCAAGAGAGCUUCGUAGUAUUGGAGUUGAAGUUUUCUCCUUGGGUAUUAAAGCUGCAGAUGCAAAAGAACUCAAGCAAAUUGCCUCCGCACCUUCACUGAAUCAUGUUUUCAAUGUGGCCAAUUUUGAUGCAAUUGUCGAUAUUCAGAAUGAGAUCAUUUCUCAGGUGUGCUCAGGUGUUGAUGAACAGCUUGGUGAACUGGUUAGUGGAGAAGAAGUUGUUGAGCCUCCUUCAAAUUUAAUUGCCACAGAAGUCUCAUCAAAAUACAUUAAGUUAAGUUGGAAUCCAUCACCUAGUGCAGUGACUGGCUACAAAGUCCUCCUUACGCCAAUGACCGCAGGAAGCCGACACCAUGCUCUGAGCGUAGGGCCUCAGACAACCACACUCAGUGUUCGCGACCUCUCAGCAGACACAGAAUAUCAGAUCAGCAUUUCUGCCUUGAAGGGACUGACAUCCAGUGAGUCCAUUUCAAUAAUGGAGAAGACUCAGCCAAUGAAAGUUCAAGUGGAAUGCUCACGUGGUGUGGAUAUAAAAGCUGAUAUUGUAUUUUUGGUUGAUGGCUCAUAUAGUAUUGGAAUUGCAAACUUUGUUAAAGUUAGAGCCUUUUUGGAAGUUCUUGCAAAAAGCUUUGAAAUUUCACCAAAUAGGGUACAGAUAAGUCUUGUUCAGUAUAGUAGAGAUCCUCAUACAGAGUUCACCUUGAAAAAAUUUACCAAGGUUGAAGAUAUAAUUGAAGCAAUAAACACCUUCCCCUACAGAGGAGGAUCCACGAACACUGGCAAAGCAAUGACUUACGUCAGAGAAAAAAUAUUUGUGCCUAGCAAAGGUUCAAGAAGCAAUGUACCAAAAGUCAUGAUUCUUAUCACUGAUGGAAAAUCGUCUGAUGCGUUCAAAGAUCCUGCUGUAAAACUAAGGAAUUCAGAUGUUGAAAUCUUUGCUGUUGGUGUGAAGGAUGCUGUUCGCUCAGAGUUAGAAGCUAUUGCUUCUCCUCCUGCCGAGACCCAUGUGUUCACAGUGGAGGACUUUGAUGCUUUUCAGAGGAUAUCUUUUGAACUUACACAGUCUAUCUGCCUUAGAAUCGAGCAAGAAUUGGCGGCCAUAAAGAAAAAAGCUUAUGUGCCUCCAAAGGAUCUCAGUUUUUCGGAAGUAACUUCUAACAGUUUCAAAACUGACUGGUCUCCUGCUGGAGAAAAUGUUUUCUCAUACCAUAUCACCUACAAGGAAGCCAGUGGGGAUGAUGAGAUCACAGUGGUGGAGCCAGCUACGAGCCGCAGCGUUGUUCUCCAGAACCUGAAGCCAGAGACCCUGUACUUGGUCAAUGUGACAGCUGAGUAUGAAGAUGGCUUUAGCAUCCCCAUAUCUGGAGAGGAGACCACUGCAGAAGUAAAAGGAGCCCCUCGGAACCUGAAAGUGACAGAUGAGACAACAGACAGCUUUAAAAUUACCUGGACUCAAGCUCCAGGGAAAGUUUUAAGGUAUCGGAUUAUAUACAGACCAGUCGCUGGUGGAGAAAGCAAAGAAGUUACCACCCCAGCCAAUCAGAGAAGGGAAACAUUGGAGAACCUGACUCCAGACACAAAAUAUGAAGUAUCUGUAAUUCCUGAAUAUUUCUCGGGACCUGGCUUUCCACUGACUGGAACCGCAGCCACGGAAGAAGUUAGAGGGAAUCCAAGAGAUUUAAGAGUUUCCGACCUUACGACAUCAAGUAUGAAUCUCUCUUGGAGCAGUGCACCUGGCAAAGUGAAACAGUAUCUCAUCACAUACACGCCAGCAUCAGGAGGCGAAACUCAGGAGAGUACCGUGAGAGGAAACUCAACCAGUGCUGUGCUGAAAGGAUUACAGGAGGGGACACAGUAUGCCCUCUCAGUCACAGCCUUGUAUGCAUCUGGAGCUGGAGAUGCCCUUUUUGGACAAGGAACAACACUUGAAGAACGUGGGUCCCCUCAAGAUUUGAUUACUAAAGACAUCACUGACACUUCAAUUGGGGCUUAUUGGACAUCUGCUCCAGGAAUGGUUCGUGGUUACAGAGUCUCAUGGAAAUCACUUUAUGAUGAUGUUGAGGCGGGAGAGAAAAAUCUUCCUGGAGAUGCACUUCAUACUGUAAUUGAAAACCUGCAGCCAGAGACCAAAUACAAAAUCUCAGUUUUUGCAACUUACAGCAGUGGAGAAGGAGCACCUUUGACUGGAGAUGCCACAACUGGAUUGUCCCGAGACUCCAAAACCUUGAAAGUAGAUGAAGAAACAGAAAACACAAUGAGAGUUACAUGGAAGCCAGCACCAGGGAAAGUGGUCAAUUACCGUGUUAUGUAUCGCCCCCAAGGAGGAGGGAGGCAAAUGGUUGCUAAGGUGCCACCCACAGUCACUUCAACAGUGUUAAAGCGACUUCAACCCCAGACCACCUAUGACAUUACAGUUCUCCCGAUAUACAAGACUGGGGAAGGAAAGAUCAGGCAAGGAUCAGGAACAACAGCUUCUCGAUUUAAGUCACCCAGAAACCUCAAAACAUCUGAUCCAACCAUGUCAAGCUUCCGAGUGACUUGGGAGCCAGCCCCUGGGGAAGUGAAGGGUUAUAAAGUCACAUUCCACCCCACAGGGGAUGACAGAAGACUGGGGGAGUUAGUGGUUGGACCAUAUGACAACACGGUUGUUUUGGAGGAACUUAGGGCAGGUACCACCUAUAAAGUAAAUGUUUUUGGAAUGUUUGAUGGAGGAGAAAGUUCACCACUUGUUGGACAAGAAAUGACUACCCUUUCUGACACAACUGUAAUGCCAUUUUUAUCCUCUGGGAUGGAGUGUAUCACCCGAGCAGAGGCAGACAUUGUGUUGCUGGUGGACGGAUCCUGGAGCAUCGGCCGGGCCAACUUUAGAACUGUGAGAAGUUUCAUUUCUCGCAUUGUGGAGGUCUUUGAUAUCGGCCCCAAAAGAGUACAGAUUGCCCUUGCUCAGUACAGUGGGGACCCCAGAACAGAAUGGCAGUUAAAUACUCACCGUGACAAGAAGAGCUUGCUGCAAGCUGUGGCAAAUUUACCCUACAAAGGAGGCAAUACUCUCACCGGCAUGGCUUUGAAUUUCAUCCGCCAACAGAACUUCAGAACUCAAGCUGGAAUGCGGCCUCGUGCUCGCAAGAUUGGUGUUCUCAUUACUGAUGGAAAAUCACAGGAUGAUGUUGAGGCACCUUCAAAGAAACUCAAGGAUGAAGGCGUGGAACUGUUUGCUAUUGGUAUUAAAAAUGCUGAUGAGGUUGAGUUGAAGAUGAUCGCCACUGACCCGGAUGAUACGCAUGCAUACAAUGUGGCAGAUUUUGAGUCCCUCUCCAGGAUUGUGGAUGAUCUUACCACUAACUUGUGCAACAGUGUAAAAGGCCCAGGUGAUUUGGAAGCACCUUCCAAUUUGGCUAUCUCUGAGCGAACUCAUCGUUCUUUUAGAGUGAGCUGGACGCCUCCUUCUGACAGUGUGGAUAGAUAUAAGGUGGAAUACUACCCAGUUUCUGGAGGGAAGCAUCAAGAAUUUUAUGUGAGUCGACUGGAAACGAGUACAGUGCUGAAAGAUCUGAAGCCUGAGACCGAGUAUGUUGUGAAUGUGUAUUCUGUAGUAGAAGACGAAUAUAGUGAGCCUCUAAAGGGCACAGAAAAAACCUUGCCAGUCCCUAUAGUCAGCCUGAAUAUUUAUGACAUUGGUCCUACCACCAUGCGUGUGCAGUGGCAGCCUGUGGGAGGAGCCACAGGGUACACUGUAUCAUAUGAACCUGUUAAGACCACAGAACCAACAAAAUCCAAGGAGAUGCGUGUGGGGCCAACAGUGAAUGAUGUGCAGAUGUCUGACCUCCUUCCCAACACUGAGUACGAAGUCACAGUCCAGGCUGUCCUGUAUGACCUCACCAGUGAACCUGCCACUGCCCGGGAAAUGACCUUGCCUUUACCCAGACCUCAAGAUGUGAAACUCAGAGAUGUGACUCACAGCACCAUGAAUGUCUUUUGGGAACCUGUGGUUGGAAAAGUCCGCAAAUACAUUGUUCGAUACAAAACCCCGGAAGAGGAUGUCAAAGAGGUAGAGGUGGACAGAUCACGGACCAGCACUCCUCUCAAAGACCUCCUCUCCCAAACCCCGUACACAGUCAGCGUGUCUGCAGUGUAUGAUGAGGGCGAGUCUCCCCCAGCGACUGCUCAAGAAACCACCCGGCCUGUUCCAGCCCCGACAAAUCUAAGGAUUACUGAUGUAACACCAGAGAGUUUCCGAGGAACUUGGGAUCAUGGAGCUUCAGAUGUGUCUCUUUACAGAAUAACCUGGGCACCUUUUGGGAGUUCAGAUAAGAUGGAGACCAUUGUAAAUGGAGAUGAAAAUACUUUGGUAUUUGAAAAUCUGAAUCCCAACUCUCUCUAUGAAGUUUCCAUUACUGCCAUCUAUCCUGAUGAGUCAGAAAGUGAUGACCUGACUGGCAGUGAACGCACAUUGCGUCUGAUACCUUUAACAACACAAGCUCCAAAAAGUGGCCCACGAAACCUUCAGGUGUACAAUGCCACAUCGAACAGUUUGACUGUUAAGUGGGAUCCUGCCAGCGGUCGUGUGCAGAAAUACAGAAUUACUUAUCAGCCUUCAACAGGGGAAGGCAAUGAACAGACGGCUACGAUUGGAGGACGGCAGAACAGUGUGGUCCUGCAGAAACUGAAGCCCGACACUCCAUACACUAUCACUGUGUCCUCUCUGUAUCCAGAUGGUGAAGGAGGUCGGAUGACUGGAAGAGGCAAGACCAAGCCUCUGAACACUGUGAGGAACCUAAGAGUGUACGACCCUUCCACCAGCACCUUGAAUAUUCGCUGGGACCAUGCGGAAGGAAAUCCUCGCCAGUACAAGCUCCUUUAUGCACCCACAGCAGGAGGCCCAGAGGAACUGGUACCAAUCCCCGGGAACACCAAUUAUGCCAUUCUCAGAAAUCUGCAGCCAGAUACCCCAUACACCAUUACAGUAGUUCCUGUUUAUAAUGAAGGUGACGGAGGACGUGUAUCAGAGACUGCAAGGACAUUGGUGAGAGGACUGGCAAGAAAUAUCCAUGUGUAUAAUCCUACACCCAAUAGCCUUGAUGUUCGUUGGGAUCCUGCUCCUGGGCCUGUGCAGCAGUAUCGCGUUGUAUAUUCUCCUGUGUCUGGCACAAGACCCUCAGAAUCUAUUGUGGUACCAGGAAAUACCCGCACAGUGCACCUGGAGCGGCUGAUUCCAGACACACCCUAUUCUGUGGACAUUGUGGCCCUCUACUCAGAUGGAGAGGGCAAUCCCAGCCCUAGCCAAGGACGAACACUGCCUCGAAGUGGACCAAGAAAUAUGCGAGUCUUUGGGGAAACAACCAAUAGCCUUUCUGUAACCUGGGAUCAUGCUGAUGGGCCAGUUCAGCAAUACAGGAUCAUUUAUUCUCCCACUGUUGGUGAUCCAAUUGAUGAAUAUACCACAGUCCCAGGCAGAAGAAACAAUGUAAUACUGCAGCCCCUGCAAUCUGAUACUCCAUAUAAAAUCACUAUUAUUGCUGUUUACGAGGAUGGAGAUGGUGGCCAUCUUACAGGAAAUGGAAGAACUGUGGGUCUACUUCCUCCUCAGAACAUACACAUCUCUGAUGAAUGGUACACAAGAUUCAGGGUGUCCUGGGAUCCUUCACCUUCUCCAGUUCUUGGAUAUAAAAUCGUGUACAAGCCAGUGGGUUCCAAUGAGCCCAUGGAAGCUUUUGUUGGAGAAGUGACAUCGUACACAUUGCACAAUCUCAAUCCCAGCACGACCUAUGAUGUGAAUGUUUAUGCUCAGUAUGAUUCAGGGCUCAGUGUUCCUUUGACAGAUCAAGGCACCACAUUGUACUUAAAUGUGACAGAUCUGAAAACUUACCAGGUUGGGUGGGACACAUUCUGUGUCAGGUGGUCAGCUCACCGGGCAGCUACCUCCUACAGGCUGAAACUGAGCCCAGGAGAUGGAACCAGAGGACAAGAAAUUACUGUGCGUGGAUCAGAAACUAGUCACUGCUUCACAGGCCUUUCACCAGACAAUGACUACAGCGUAACUGUUUUUGUGCAGACACCGAAUCUUGAGGGACCAGGUGUCCCUGUCAGUGAACAUACCACCCUGAAACCGACAGAAGCCCCUACAGAGCCGCCCACACCUCCUCCUCCUCCAACCAUUCCACCAGCCCGUGAUGUGUGCAAAGGGGCCAAGGCAGAUAUUGUGUUCUUGACUGAUGCCUCUUGGAGUAUUGGGGAUGAUAAUUUCAACAAAGUCGUGAAAUUCAUCUUUAAUACUGUGGGAGCCUUUGAUGAAAUCAGCCCUGCUGGCAUUCAGGUUUCAUUUGUGCAGUACAGUGACGAGGUCAAAUCUGAGUUCAAGCUGAACACAUACAAUGACAAGGCCCAGGCCCUUGGAGCCCUCCAGAAUAUUAGGUACAGAGGAGGAAACACAAGAACAGGCAAGGCUCUCACAUUUAUCAAGGAGAAGGUCUUGACCUGGGAGAGUGGCAUGAGGAAGAAUGUCCCCAAGGUAUUGGUUGUGGUCACAGAUGGUCGGUCGCAGGAUGAAGUCAAGAAGGCGGCUUUUAUCAUCCAGCAGUCAGGGUUCAGUGUGUUUGUGGUUGGUGUGGCUGAUGUUGACUACAAUGAACUUGCCAACAUUGCCAGCAAACCAAGUGAACGACAUGUGUUCAUUGUGGAUGACUUUGAAUCCUUCGAGAAGAUCGAAGACAAUCUUAUUACAUUUGUUUGUGAAACUGCCACUUCAAGUUGCCCUCUCAUUUAUUUGGAUGGCUACACCUCACCAGGUUUUAAGAUGCUUGAAGCAUACAACCUGACAGAAAAGAAUUUUGCUUCUGUACAAGGCGUAUCUUUGGAGUCAGGGUCUUUCCCAAGCUACUCAGCCUACAGGCUUCAGAAGAAUGCCUUUGUGAAUCAGCCUACAGCAGAUCUACACCCGAAUGGACUUCCUCCUUCAUACACAAUUAUACUACUCUUCAGACUUCUCCCAGAAACUCCCAAUGACCCUUUUGCAAUUUGGCAAAUCACAGACAGAGACUACAAACCACAAGUUGGAGUGAUUGCAGAUCCUUCAAGCAAGACAUUGUCAUUCUUUAACAAAGAUACAAGAGGCGAGGUACAAACAGUUACAUUUGACACAGAAGAAGUGAAGACCUUAUUCUAUGGAAGCUUUCAUAAGGUUCAUAUUGUGGUGACUUCAAAAAGUGUUAAGAUUUACAUUGACUGCUAUGAAAUUGUAGAAAAAGACAUCAAAGAAGCUGGCAAUAUCACUACUGAUGGUUAUGAGAUUCUUGGGAAACUUCUUAAAGGGGAGAAGAAAUCAGCCACAUUCCAAAUCCAGAACUUUGACAUGGUCUGCAGCCCUGUGUGGACCAGCAGAGACAGAUGUUGUGAUAUUCCCUCACGGAGAGAUGAAGCAAAAUGCCCUGCUCUUCCAAAUGCUUGCACCUGCACACAGGACAGCGUUGGACCUCCAGGACCUCCAGGCCCUGCAGGAGGACCUGGUGCUAAGGGGCCAAGAGGUGAAAGAGGUCUCAAUGGAGCAAUUGGACCCCCUGGUCCUCGUGGUGAUACUGGUCCUCCCGGCCCUCAGGGUCCUCCAGGCCCUCAGGGACCCAAUGGCCUCUCCAUUCCAGGAGAACAAGGUCGCCAAGGGAUGAAAGGGGAUGCUGGAGAACCGGGACUUCCAGGCCGAGCAGGAACACCAGGGUUACCAGGCCCGCCAGGACCAAUGGGACCUCCAGGAGACAGAGGCUUCACUGGAAAAGAUGGUGCUAUGGGACCCCGAGGUCCACCUGGGCCACCGGGAAGCCCAGGCUCUCCAGGAGUCACAGGACCGAGUGGGAAACCAGGAAAACCUGGCGACCAUGGACGACCAGGUCCAUCUGGGUUGAAAGGAGAGAAAGGUGAUAGGGGAGACAUCGCUUCCCAGAACAUGAUGAGAGCAGUUGCAAGACAAGUCUGUGAACAAAUGAUAAAUGGUCAGAUGAGCAGAUUCAAUCAGAUGUUGAAUCAGAUUCCAAAUGAUUACCACUCCAAUCGCAACCAACCAGGCCCACCAGGUCCUCCUGGCCCUCCUGGCAGUGCUGGCGCCAGGGGAGAACCCGGGCCUGGGGGCCGGCCAGGCUUCCCUGGCACCCCGGGGAUGCAGGGACCCCCUGGUGAACGAGGUUUGCCAGGAGAGAAAGGUGAAAGGGGUAUUGGUUCUCAAGGACCUCGAGGGCCGCCUGGCCCACCAGGUCCACAAGGAGAAUCCCGGACAGGUCCUCCAGGGUCCACAGGUUCUAGAGGUCCGCCUGGUCCCCCUGGUCGUCCUGGAAACUCAGGCAUCCGAGGACCCCCGGGCCCUCCUGGAUACUGUGACUCAUCCCAGUGUGCCAGCAUCCCAUACAAUGGGCAAGGCUACCCAGAGCCCUACGUGCCCGAGGGUGGGGCCUACCUGCCUGAGCGCGAGCCCUUCAUCGUGCCGGUGGAGCCCGAGCGGACGGCGGAGUACGAGGACUACGGGGCCGACGAGCCUGCGGAGGAGCAUCCUGCCCACGCGCGCUGGCGGCGCGCCCUGUCCCGCGGCCCGGGCCAGUGA